AGGAGAUCCCCCUCUCGCUGCCGCUGCAUUUGGAGGAGCCUACUCCGCCAAGACCACAGGCAGCUCCGGUGCUGCAAGUGGAGGAGCCUGCUCCGCCAAGACCGAAGGAGCCCGCGCAGGAAGUUAUGCGCUCACAAGCGCCCACUCCGCCGCCGAGAAAGACCAGCGAGGACACGAUCUACCCCUUUCGUGACACUCCGGCCAAGCUGCGACGGGCCAGCGAGGAUACCGUCUACCUCCGGGACUCGCCGUCAGCAUUGCUGGAGUCGGAGCUUGCGACCGAGCAGGACGUGCCCAGCGAGCGCGUGGGGUUCAUGAGCUCCCCGCCGCCCAAGCCCACGCUGCAGCCAGAGGAGCACGUGGCAGAGGCGCCCCCGGCUCCGCCGUCUCCGCCGGCAUCCCCCCCGCUGCCCCUCUUCAGCGCCAAGGAUGUGUUCACCUGCCACAAGGGCGAGCUGCCUAUGGGCGUGUCCCGCCUGCAGGAGCCCACCUGCACGGAGCACGUAGUGCAGCACGCCAAGUUCUCCGAGGAUCGCCAGUCGAACCCCCGAUGGUGCGGCUGGGAGCUUUGCCGGGAGGCGCAGGCUCGCCGGCAAAAAUGCACGCGCUGCAGCCAGGCCUUGGAGUCCUUCUUCGACCACCGCUGCCCCAAGUGCUCCGCCCCGGUGUGUGUGAAGUGCUUUACGGGGCAGCACCAGCUGUCCUGGUUCCGGUGUCGCAACUGCGGGGACCAGGACGCCAACCGCAGCGCCUUGCAGUCGAACAUGUGGAUCUUCCACGCCUACUGCUCCACGACUCGCGUCUUCAGCGACCUCAGCAGGGGUGUGUCCUCCGUUCUGCAGCCCUGCCAGAGUAGCAAAGCGCCGCAGGCGCUCCCUCGGAGCGAUGCAGGAGGUGGGCAAGCACCACUGCCUGCGAACAGGACCCGAUUACCCGCGGCCUGGCAGGCGUAUGAGCCCGCCGCGCGGCCGCCGCCGCCCAGAGGUCACGUGCUUCCGCCUCCGCCUCCUCCUCUUUCGUCGGACCUGCCCGCGCUUCUGGGCCGCACUCCGGCGGCCCCGGCCGCGGACGUGUUCAAGACCCAGCUGCCUGGUGAGAUGCGCAGAUGAGGACGUAGAACAAAAAAACAGCGACCAAAAACCCGAUCGCAGAAAGGCUGUGUCCUGGUGGCUGUAAAAAGCAGCCCAUAUUCCACUAUUCCACUUUGCUCAAUUGUCCCUCAAAGUUGAUCUGAAGCCAACUGCAGGGUGAC